ACAAAUAGACAACUUCAAAAUCUACGCUUGCUUUUUCUAAAGUAUUGUACAUAACAAUGUUUGUGAUAAAAAUUUCUUUGAGUAUUAUUUAUAGCUUGCAACUUUGUAGCACGAUAGACGCAGAUGAAUUUAAAACGAAAGAUACAAUAUUGAAGUUAAAUCCAGUCGAAUUAUUAGAUCUUGUGUUGGAAGAGCAGCUAUCUGCUCACGGUCGAACAAAACCUAUUAUCGAUGUAAACGAUAUGGGUUGUACAGAAUACGACCGAGAUGACGUUAUAGAAGGAACAGAACAUGCCAAUAAAGAUGAAGAAAGACUUAAAGCUCGUAAGGUAUGGAGUCGAUGGAGUAAGUGGAGUGGGUGCUCAGUGAGUUGCGGAGAAGGCAAUAUAGUCAGGUGGCGCGUGUGUGUGGCGGGACGGUGUGCCCUUAACGAACGCGAAGAACAACUGCGUCCAUGCACUCGCGCUCCGUGCAACGAUCCUAUAGAUGACACGCAUGAUAGUGAAUAGUCUAGGCUUUUCUAAUAUUUAUGAGAAAAAUACUGGUGAUACCAAAUGAUUUCGCAUAUUGACUCAAUUUCGAUAUUUUUGGAAAUUGUACACUUUUAAUGCGAAAAGACGAUAAAUAAGUGUGUUCUGAAACUUCUGAAUAAGAGAAACCGGGAUUUAACUCAGGAUUUGUCCCACGUGCAUUUAAAAAUGAGCGUAUUAAAUAUAGUUAGACGGUAAAAUACAUACACGAAUUGGUUCAACACUAUUUUGAGUUUACAACAGCAAACAGAGUAUCAUUCUGGGAAUAUACUUCCAAUGGCCAUAUUUACAUGGAAUACUUUGCCACAAGAGACAAUCAACAGAAGAAUGGAUCGAAGCCAGAGGCUAAGGAUAUUUCAACAUUCCCAACGAAUAUGAAUUCCUUUUGGAUAAACAAGCCCAUCUCACAUCUUUCUCAAUAUGAUGGCUUGCAGAAACGCACUGCAUUCAGACCACCACACAAAUUAACAAGACUAUCUAAAACUUUUUCAUACGAUUUUGAACCCAUAUUCAAUAAGGGAUCUUUUGAACCUUUCGAACGUCGACGAAGACCUGUCACUCUAGUGGCUUUUAGAAAAAAUGGUUUCGUUCCACGAAGGCUCGCAAAGAUUGUUGAGAACACACCAUUGGAAGUAGCAGAACUUCAGUCUCCGUUUAACGAAGUGAGCGAUAUCUGGCAGCAAGAACCCGAUGAAUAAAUGAAUCGUGAAAACACUUUUAUCACUUAUUUCAAAUAAAAAAUUAUUUUGAAAAGUU